CAGUAACUUCUAUGCUAUUAAAUUGUGUUGUUUUGCAAUGUCCAGCAAAAGAUGUUUUAGAUGUUGUUCUGGGUUCUUUUAUGAGCUUUUGGAUAUAAACCCCUCCCUCCUGCACACAAGAGCUGCAAGAGUAAAAAAAACAGGAAAAGGAGCUGAGCUGCACACACAGAACAGCAGACAGAGACACAGGCUUUGGAUUUUACUUUAAACGGCACUUAAGAAUCAAACAUGGGAUCAUCACCAUCCAAACCUGAAUUUAGCACAGUUCUGGGUGAUAAACAAGUUGAAGAGGGAUGUAAUGUUAUUCUUUCCUGUGAGGCAAAAGAAGAGGGUCUAGAAAUAUCAUGGGAAAAGGAUGGCCACAAACUGUAUUGUGUGGAGGGCAAGCACAAAAUUAAACAAAUCGGUAAAAAAUGUGUCUUGGAAAUUUCAAAGCUUAAGGAGAGCGAUGAAGGAAAAUACACCAUAACCCUGCGCAACAUUUCAGGUUCAGAGUCGUGCUCUGCCAUGGUCAGAGUCUCGAUAAAUGAAUGGAGGCCUGUAAAAUGGAGACAGGGAGAAAUGUUUAAUGCUCUCAGGACAUUUAAUAUUUGUGAUGAAGUCCAAGAGCUCCGCUUCCUCCUCUAUGGACCAGUUGGAACAGGAAAGUCCAGCACCAUAAACACCAUCAAAUCCAUUUUUGAAGGACGUCAGUAUGUCAACUGUCUGGCUGCUGCGGAAUCUACUACAAGUCAUACUCUAUGUUAUGAAUGUUAUAGAUUUGCAAAUGAAGAAGGAUUGUUUCCUUUUGCCUUCAAUGAUAUAAUGGGUGCAGAAGGACAAGGUGGGGUCCGGACUGAGGAUAUCAUCAAUGCUUUAAAAGGUCAUAUGAAAGAGGGUUACACGUUCAACCCUAAAGUUCCAUUGUCUGAAAACAACCGUUAUUAUCAUCAAAAUCCCAGCCUGAAGGAUCAGAUGCACUGCCUGGUGUAUGUUGUAUCAGCUGACAAGAUUUCCAUGUUGGACCAGGACUUAAUCGGAAAAUUUAAGUAUGUCAGAGAAACAGCUAGCAGAAUGGGAAUCCCUCAAGUGGUUUUCAUGACGAAAGUGGACCGCACAUGUCCAUUGACAAAGCAUGAUUUGAAAAACAUCUAUAAAAGCAAAAAGAUCAGAGAUAAAAUGCGUGAAUGCAGUAAUAUCCUGGGUGUGCCUGUGAACUGUAUCUUCCCUCUCGUGAACUACCAUGAGCAGACUCAUGUGAAUGAGAAUAUAAACUGCCUGAUGCUGGAUGCCUUAACACAGAUUAUAAAUUUUGCUAAUGACUUUGUGAGCCGUUCCAGAAACCAAAUGUUACAUCAGCAGGAAAUUAAUGAAUAAAGAAAUGUCACUUGAUUUGAAAAGCAAAAAAUAAAUUCUGCAUAUAUAAUUGCUAACUGUUAUUUAAUUCACCCAAUUAACCCAAAUCUAAAUGCAACAGAUAUUAACACAUGAAACUUUUAUUAUUUUCAGGUUAACUGUAUAACUGCAUAUAACUAAUUAUGCUGUAAAUUUAAUUAAAAUUUACAUUUUAUUUGUCACAUACACAGUCAUACACAGUGCAAUACGCAGUGGAAUGCGUAUACAAACAUAUGUAAUAUGUAUAUAAAAAUAUAUUCAACAUCUAAGCUUUAACAAAGUUACAUUAUAUGUUAUUCUGCCUCUUUUUUGUUUUGUUUAAAAUUUUAUAUGGUUAUAGAAUUAACUGUACAUAAUUGGCACAGAUUGAACAAUUUACAAUUUUGGUUAACAGUGUAAUGUUGACAUUGAGUUGCACUAUACACACUGUUAUAAUCAAUACACAUUUCAGCUAUUUUAUUAUACAAUUGUAAUAUGCAUUUUUUUAUCAUUGUACAUUUUUCUUUAAAAGAAAAAAAAUAUGUAUUUGCUUUAAUAAUCCAAAUAAACUGAAAAAUGCUU